AUGAUUGGCCUGGUAACUGGGAUUAUGGUGCUGGCGUUAGCUGCCACAGGAACAACUUGGAAAACUGGCCGAGGAACUGUUUACAUGCUUCGUGUGACUCAGGAUGUCUCCCUGGAGAGGGCAACUCGUAACUACAACUGGUUACCGUACCUUAUGGUGUCUAAACUUACGGAUUUUCCCAACAAGCGCUCGCUCGUUCAGUUUGAAAACGUUCCAAAAUCCUGUUCUUCGUCAAAGAUCAUAUCUGCCAAGAUGUAUCUUUAUUAUGUAUAUGCCCACAAGGCAAGCUGGCAUUCCAUCCAAAAAACCCCGUUCGUCGCCCGCUAUAUGCAGGUGUGGCAUAUAAAUCCUUAAGGCAAUUUAUACCUAAUUUUAAUUCGUCUUUUGGUAUUAAUAGCAUUUUUGAGCGCAACCAGGUAAUUAAAAAAUCUUAAAAGUAAAAAUAGAAAUAAAAAAGUCGCAUUUGCGUCGUUCACUGCAGUCAAGAGUGUAUAGCUAUAAUUAAAAGUACAGCGAAUUCUUACGCUUAAUGUCAAAAAUUAACCGCGGUGAAUGAUUCCGUAACUUACAAUAGAAUCCAGGUUUUUUUUUUGAAAGCUUUAACAAAAAAACAUGCACAUGACAACAAAAUAAAGCACCAUGUAUUGGCAACGCUACCGUUGGAAACUGCUCGGACUUAACUACCCAUUAAGCGAACGUGUUCUGGCGAUGGAGGAAAAUGAACAAGAUAGAGAUGGUUAGUUUAUUUCAAACCUUAAACUUUGCAAUAAGAGUCACAAUAAUAAAAGCAAUAUCAAAUUAUUGAACAAUAGAGAGGAACUUCGUCCAAGAAUCACCGGACUAUAUACCUGUCAAAAUGAUAAAGUAUACGGUCUUUUUACAAACUGUCUCGUACCCAAAUACGUAGGUGAAUUGUUAACUAGGUCUUACCCAGGAACGUUGUCUUAGGACGGUUUAUGGUAGCUAGAGAGAGCAAAAUUGCUUACAAAUAUAUAUUACGGGCGCAAUGCAUAUGCAGUGGGUCUCUAUAGGAAAUAUGGAUAUUUUAAAUACAUACAACAAUCUAAGCCCUCCGAGUAUUUGUGAUAUUCUUGAGGAACAUUACCCAUCCUACAACUUAAGGCGGUCAGAUUUUCAAUUUUCAAAAUAAAUACUCACGCGAGCGAAUCGGUAGUAUAUAACCACAAAUGGCUGCAAGGGCUACUGUACCCUUUGUAAUUUAUAAUGGUAAUCAUUGCACUGAGCGGAAUGCAAUUUGGUCUAAUAUCAUACGCUUGAUUUUAAAAUCGGACGCAGCGCGCAGCGCGAGUUCGAUUUGAAAUCACAAGUAUGAUUUCCGACCAAAAUUUCUCGACACGAAUUUUUAAUUACCACUUUAUUAUAGCCAUUUUGAAAUCGCAGAAUUCAGUCAGUACCAAUACUUUAUCGAUCUAGUAACCAGUUUGUUGAAAAACGGAAACAAAAAGGCUUUUACAUCUCAUUUUGUAUUUGAAACAGAAAUGAUGCGAUAUAGGACGAAAAUGCUGCGAUUGAAAACAGAAAUGACGUGAUUUAGAACAUAAAUGACGCGAUUUAGAACAGAUGUGAUUUAGAGCAGAAAAAUAGAGUGAUUUGUGAAUAAAUUACACUGCUGAGAGCCAAUCAGAUUGCCGGGAUCACCAGUGAUUUCAAAAUGGAUAUAAUUAAUAAUCAAACUUCUCAAGUUAUUUCUUAAUCAUCAUAGAUUUUAUUAGCGAUUUUCAUAUAACGAGAGCCUAGUGUCGCAUACAUACAUACAUACAGACGGACGGACGGACGGACGGACGGACGGACGGACGGACGGACGGACGGACAGACAGACAGACAGACAGACAUACAUACAUACGUAAAACUUUAUUUCAUCUCGAAUUUAAGAGUAGCCAAAAAUGGGCUAGUAUCUCCGAGCAACAAAUAAAAUCCUAAAAUGAAAUAACCCUUGGCGUACGCUAACUGGAGAAAAUAUUUAACUCUUAAUACAAUUAACUAGUUAAUCUGUAUCGCCGAAUAGCUAAAAUAAGUUCUGGUUCUAGUUCUCCAAAAUGCAUUUAAUUUGUGUCUCCACAUUUGUCACGAGUAGUGUCUUACAAUUUUGACCAUUUAUAGAUGCAUUGAAUCGUAUGUUGAUUAAAAUCCCUUUUUUCUUGUUAAUAAUGCUUGGGGUUUUAGGUGCACCGGGUGAAAAAGUCGUGGAAACAAGCCCAAGCAACUUCCACGAAGAGGGACUACCGGCAAAGGUGGUCAACCCAGUACCUAGGGUUGGAUGACAACGAUGCAGAAGCCCUGCCACAGGGACAGACAGUCACAAUCUUCCCCUUCCGUCCCCAAGGCUUUGUGGAGUUUGACAUUACACGCGCAGUACUGCAAUGGAGAUGCGGUGAACCCAACUAUGGGGUGAUUAUUCGUGCUACCAACAAGCUGCAACCUGGAAGAGGUAUCCGAUUUGCCAGCACAGUCUAUAGAGACAAAUCUAAGCAUCCUUAUGUUCUCGUACUGUGUGCAUAGAGGUGAUAAUUUCAUCGCUUCUGUCGCAGCUAGCCUUAGUGGUGUUAAAGGAUGUGCGACUAUAUUGUACUGCACAAAAUACGAUUAAAGGUUUUAAGGUUUGGGAUGCCAUCUGAAGUAAUCAAUAAAUAUUACUGGAAAUAAUAUGAUGGUUUUUGUCCCUGUUUUUUGUAAUUGCUC